GAAUUUACUUAUGCUGUCGCCAGCUACAGCAAUGCGUCACCUCAUUCAUCAUACUACAAUGUCGGCUCCAUGCACCCCUCCUCAGCGACGGCACCUUUCACGCGACAAACGACUACAAGUACAGACCCUACAUCUCACAUGGCAUACGCAAACUGAGAUAUCCCGCCUCCUUAAUAUAUCACGCAGACAGGUUGCCUAUGCAAUUGCUAGUGAACGCGUCACAUCUCGAAAGUGAAAUGGCCGACCCCGGAAGCUGACUGAUGCUCAGAUUGAUGAGCUUGAAAACUAUAUACGCUCAUCACGAGCUGCACAACAGAUGAGCUAUCUAGCUCUUGCUGAAGGUCCCUUUGAGGCUUGGGGAGUUAGUCAAUAUGCAAUACGAGGUGCUCUUCGAAGUAGAGGGUACACACGCUAUGUAGCUCGUACAAAGCCACCUCUUUCUGAGCAGAAUCAACAGAUACGGCUCGAAUGGGCAGAAGCUCAUAAAGACUGGGAGCCCAGGCAGUGGUGGGCCAUCCUCUAGAGUGACGAAACCUGGGUCACAGGUGGCAGGCACCGGAAGGUCUGGGUGACUAGAAAAACUGGUGAAGAACUUGAGCUGACCUGUAUCGUGGAAAAGGUGUGUAAGAAGCAUGGGUGGAUGUUCUGGGCCUGUUUCUCUGGUAUCUCAAAGGGGCCUUGCUUAUUCUGGGAGAAGGAGUGGGGGAGUAUUAACAAGGAGAGCUACU